AUGAAGAAGUGGCUGUUGCAUUUCGCCAUUGUCGGUGCUGGCCCCACCGGAUCCGAGCUGGCGGCAUCAAUCCGAGAUUUGAUCGCUCUGGACUUUAAUAAGCGGUAUCCGGAAUUGAAGGACCUAGUGAGCAUUUCCCUCUACGAUGUUGCGCCCAAUAUUCUCUCCAUGUUCGACGAGAAGCUUUCGCAAUAUGCCAUGAAAACUAUGAAGGAUGAGGGGAUCGACAUCAGGACGGCACAUCAUGUCGAAAGCAUUCGAUGGGGGCACCGGGCGACCAAGGACCUCAUCUCAAGGACCCGACGCGUGCAAGUCGUCGAUGGAAAGGGUGAGACAGUAGUGCUCCCGGACGUCUUCGCCAUCGGCGACAACGCGACGCCGGAGCUUGCGCCUCCACCAGCGACGGCCCAGGCAACGUACCAAGAGGCGAAAUGGCUAGCCUCUAGACUUGGAAAGGGAGACAUUGACCGUUCGCCGCCCUUCUCAUUCAAAAGUCUAGGUGUCAUGGCGUACAUUGGGGAUUCCAGAGCGCUGAUGCAGUUUCCCGAUCAGAAAGCGGCGUGGGGCAAAUGGCUUCCGCGCGACUUGACUGGCCGCGUUGCUUGGAUGGUGUGGAAUUCUGCAUACAUCACGAUGAGCAUGAGCUGGAAGAACAAACUAAGGGUUGGGAUUCGGUGGCUCCUGAACCGCAUCUUCGGGAAGGAUGUCACCAAAUAG